UUGUUUAGCUGAAAAUGGCGGCAUUUAUCGACAUGGAAUAUAAAUACAUCAAGUUUCCUCAUUGUUACUCAUUUUAUCAUUAGCCAAAAUUAUAUUUGAGUGAGAUUCGUAGGCAAAUGAAUCAUAAGACAUUUAUUAUUGGUUUACAAAGCAAUCGAAAAGAUGAAGCGACUAUAAAUUUGGGUGAAACUAGCUGAAAGGGUGUGUUUAUCUAGCCGAGAGCCUUCUGUCAAAUUGGGCAUGUAGUACACUACAUACUGCGUAGACGCUAUUAAGACAGAUAGCACUGCUGUACAGGUAACGUUAACCCCAGCUCAGCUACUGUACUGUGUGAUUCAGUUACCGAAGUAGAUAUUAUAUUAGUAGAUAUUCUAUUCAAGCUAUUUUGACUUGAGAGAAACAAGUUUCAGAGAGUCUGGAGCAUGGAGAAGGAAACAGAUGACACUCUGCAAAUGGAAGAAAAAUCAGUUUCUCUGGAGGAUAAGUGCAAGUCGGAACCAGCAGUUUUCCAGGAAGAUGAGAUUCCUGUCCUGCAGAUGGAAGAAGCGUCCAAGUUUGAGGGGACAAGCCUGAAAGAGGAUGAUGGCUCGAACCCCGAGUCAGCCGUUUUGCAGGAAAUUUGUUUGGAGUCAGAGGUUGCAAGUCAGAAGAUGGAGAGUAGUGGGUCAGAGGUAUCAGAUCUGCAGAUGGAGAUGAGGAGCCUGCAGCAGGAGCUGGGGAAAUGUCAGAUUGAACUGAAGAGAGUGCAGAAGCAGCUGGAUCAAAGUCUGAGGCUUCAGAGGAGCACAGAGAGCUUCAACCAUGAUCUAAGACAGCAGGUUGAGGAGCUGAGCGCCGAGCUUCAUGAGCGGAAGAAGAAAGAGAAAAGCCGAGUGGAAGCGGAGACUCAGACUGAGGAAUACAUCCAGGUUGAGACAGAUUACAGUUAUUACUAUAGUGGAUACUAUCAGGCUGCUGCAGAACCCAUGAUGAACACUGCUACAGAAAUUCAGGAGACCGCUGAUAUGUAUCCGGUUACAUCAGAUACAGCAGCAGCCAGUCUCGAGCAGUCAGACGAUGUGACCAACAUGGCUGAGACAGAGGUUGUUGACAGCAGCAGCUCAUCCAUAGCGGCAAUGUUGAGAGCUACAGCAGAAGAGGCCGUCACUCAGACAGGCUUUGUUUUUGAUGAGAGCUCAGGAAUGUACUAUGACCAUUCCACUGGCUUCUACUACGACUCGAGCAGUCAGCUGUAUUAUGAUGCCAACACGGGCAUUUACUACUGCUAUGAUCACAACAGUGGAAAGUACCAAUUCCACUCUCGAAUUGAACUGUCCACAGUUCAACCAGGCCAAACUGUCAAUGACCAGGAGAAUGUCAAUAAAUGGAAGAGCAAGAGGACUGCAGAGAGACCAGAGCACCCAGAUGCCCAGUACCAUGUUGGGGUGAAGGAGAGGCCCAAACCUGUAAAGGAUCAGGAGGAGCACAACAUCCGAAAGAGGGGUGAGACAGUCACACGGCGAAAAGGGCAACGUUCGCGGAGCAGGACGCGCCGGUCACGUUCAAGGAGCAGGACGCGCCGGUCACGUUCGAGGAGCAGGACGCGCCGGUCACGUUCGAGGAGCAGGACGCGCCGGUCACGUUCGAGGAGCAGGACGCGCCGGUCACGUUCGAGGAGCAGGACGCGCCGGUCACGUUCGAGGAGCAAGACGCGCCGGUCACGUUCGAGGAGCAGGACGCGUAGACAGAACAGGAAAAGUUCUGAAGACAGGAAGAAUCAGAGGCAGUCACACUUGCACAGGGAUUGGAGCUCACACUCUGCUAAUAUGGACAGCGAAAGUGAGCCAGAAGAAGGAGAGAUCUUGCAGUCCAGGGCAAAGAUGUAUCCUUCACCAUCAUCAUCGUCAGCAUCCCUGUCUCCUCAUCCAGUUACCUCUCCAGUUUCAUACAGCCCAGAGAGGGACAUACAACUAAUGGAAGAUGGCUGGCCCCCAUGUGUGAGAGUGAUUGUGGUUCGCUCUCCUGUCCUGGAACCCGGCACUCUCUUCAUCCUCACAGCUGACAGCAUUGCCACUUUCGGCCGGGAGAAGGAUAUGGACCAUGCCAUUAGGAUUCCAGAGAUGGGAGUUAGUAAGUGCCACGCAGAGGUAUACUUUGAUCAGGAUCAGCAGUGUUACAUGUUGGUAGACCUGGGCAGUCAGAACGGCACAGUUCUCAAUGGAAACAGAAUUUUACAGCCUAAAGUGCGCUGUGACCCUUGCCCUUUAACUCAUGGUGAUGAAGUGAAGCUGGGUGAGACUGUUUUAUCCUUUCACAUUCACAUGGGUUCAGACACGUGCGAUGCUUGCGAACCCGGACAGGUGCGAGCUCACCUAAGCUACCGCCGCCCUGAAGAAAACCUUGGUGUGCUGAGUAAGGAAGACAAAGAGAUGCAGAGACAGAGACAGCUCAAACAGAUCAAACUUAAAUAUGGCCUUAAAAACAGUGCAUAUGAAGGUGGCUGUGCGUUGAGCAAUAAGUAUAAGGAUCGAGCAGAGAACCGGAGGCAGACAGUGGGAAGUGAGGGAACCUUCUACAGAGACGACGCUCCUGCAUCUGUGCAUGUGGAGAUUAGUGACAGGAACAAGGGUCGUCAGAUGUUGGAGCGAAUGGGAUGGAAGAGCGGCAAAGGACUAGGCAAAGAUGGAGGAGGCAUUACCGAGCCUGUGGGGGUCCAGGUUCGGGUGCCUCAGUCCGGUCUGGGCUGUGGAGCGAUUUUUCCAGUGGAUGAGGUUCCCGCUGGCCGGAGUAGAAGACAGCAGAAUUGGGAGCAUGCAAGGGAACGCUUCCAACAUGCAGACGUUGGUCACGACAACCCUGACUCAGGAGACCUGCCUACUGCGUGACCCUUGAGCCUGGCUUUGAAGUCAGAGGUCAACACAGAAUGAUUUUGAGGACGGCUCCAGAUGUAAACUUGACUCGAGGGACUGAGGAAAUGAGAGCGUUUCCACAUUCACUGUAAAAUGUGUAAGAAAUAAAUACACGAUAAGUUGUACAUUGAAAGAAUCUUGCAGUGCUUGUAUAGUUUUUUUAAUAAAUGUGCAACACUA